AAUCAAAAGAUAGUAGAAGGAAGAAAGAUAGAUAAAUAAUAAAAAAAAAAAAGAAAUAAGAAAGAAAAAUUAUUGGAUAUGUGUCCCGAUAAGGCAAGAGUAUUGACUAUGAGGUGUGCCGUCAAUGAAAAGGUUGCUUAUGAAGAAGAAAUGGAUCCUCUUGCAAUAAAAAAAAUGGAAAAAAAUGAAUCAAGGAUUAACGGGGUCAAAAAAAAUCUUAAACCUUCUAUAAAGAAUUUAUCUUCGAGUAAUAGGGUUGAAUAUGUACCAAGGAUCAAAUGGUUAGACUUAUCCGCACAAAUAUUCAUCCAUGGUGGUUGCCUUUAUGGUUUCUAUCUUAUGUUCACGCAAGCCAAACUUUUAACGUCAUUGUGGGCUUUCAUAGUGAUUUAUACUUCUGGUUUUGGCAUAACAGCUGGAGCUCACAGAUUAUGGUCUCACAGGGCGUACAAAGCCAAAUGGCCAUUACGAUUACUUUUAGUUUUCCUUUUUACGAUCACCGGUCAAAAACACGUUUGGGCAUGGGCGUUGGACCACAGGGUGCACCAUAAGUACAGUGAAACCGAUGCCGAUCCACAUAACGCUAAAAGAGGUUUUUUCUUCGCACAUGUAGGAUGGCUUUUUACUACACCCCAUCCUGAUGUAGUAGCCAAACGUAAAGUCGUCGAUAUGAGUGAUCUUGAAGCAGACCCAAUAAUUAUGUGGCAAAAAAGAUUGUACAUACCUCUGUUCGCACUUUUGGCAAUUGGAUUACCAGUUGUCGUACCAUAUUACUUCUGGUCUGAAUCAUUGUGGACAUCUUUCUGGAUCAGUUUUAAUUUUCGAUUUUGCGUAACGCUCAAUAUAGCUUUCUUCGUUAACAGUGUUGCACACAUGUGGGGUCAGAAACCUUAUGACAAGAACAUUUCACCAGUUGAAAACAUAGCAGUUUCCAUAGCAGCACUUGGUGAAGGCUGGCACAAUUACCAUCAUGUUUUUCCAUGGGAUUACAAAACUGGUGAAUUAGGUGAUUAUUCUUUCAAUAUAACUACUGGAUUCAUCGACGCAUUUGCUCGCAUUGGUUGGGCCUAUGAUUUAAAAUACGUAUCACCGGAAAUGGUUCGACGAAGGGCGAACAAAUCCGGUGAUGGUAGCCAUGUAUGGGGUUAUGGUGAUGUCGACAUACCUAAAGAAGAUCUACAAGAAUUAGAAACGAUGGAUUAUACAAAAGUUUUAUAAAUACAUUAUUAGUUCCUUUGUUAUAAUAAUAAUAAUAAUAAUAAUAAUAAUAA